CUAUGUACAACCCAAAUCCCAGCCUGACGGAGGAUAUAAAUCCUUUCCUUGUGGACAACUCAGCCUCAGUCUCUCAGCCUCGAGCUGAAAGAAUUGCGGGGACGGUCUAGACCCUUUCUACGUCAUUGAUAGGUACACCGGCCCGCGAAUGAGAGCCUGCCAGCCUUGUGUCUGCCGAGCGGCACAUCGUAGAGUGCUGACUUACAAUAACCACUAUUAUCAAGGUUAUGCGGAGGUGUUUCAGAGAGACCAGCUGGAGUGAUAGGGAAUUGAGUUUAAGCAUUGCGGAGUGGCUAACGGCGAGGCAUUUCAACUCCGUAUCCGUGGCCUUUGUCUUCGGGGAGGACGCCAGAGUCUCACUGCAUUUACCCCUCGCCGAAUGACGCAUCCAGCAACCAUCAACACCACCACAUAAAAAGGCGACCAGCGCACAACCGUAUCCCCCAUUCCAAAGACCCCAUCUCCUCCUUCACCAAAAUCAAUAAUGGCUCCAACCCCGCCACCCUCCUCCGUCCUCACAGCCUUCUCCCUCACCACCCCCCCAACCCCCCUCCCCGGCGGCCAAAACACCUCCUUCCUCAGCGGCACCACAGUCCUCAAACACAUCCCUCCCACCCCCACCUCCGAAGCAGAAUGGACAUCCCACACCCUCUCCCUCCUCCCUCCCUCCCCCCACUUCACCAUCCCCACCCCCCUCCUUGCCUCAACCGGCUCCUACGUCCACGAGAACUGGACCGCAACCACCUUCUACCCCGGCACAGCCCACCCCGUCGGCCAUUGGGACGCCCUAUUCUCAGCAGCGCGGCACUUCCACGCCUCUCUCGACGGGAUCCCAAGGCCGGACUUUCUGCGCAAACGCACGCAUCCGUGGGCAAGGGCUGAUGGCGUCGCGUGGGGUGAGGAGUCCGUCGAUAUCGUUCCGGCUCUGGCACCGCUGUAUUCGCGCCUCGUAUCUCUACGCAAGGAAGUGGGCGUAGUGAUAGCGCAGCUCGUGCACGGGGAUUUAAGCGGGAACAUCCUCUUUUCUGACGACAAGCCUCCCGUGAUUAUCGAUUUCUCUCCCUUCUAUCGAUGCGUUGAUUACGCCGUCGCGAUCGCUGUUGUAGACGGGAUUGCGGAUUUCGGGGAGGGAGAGGAAGAGGUCUUAGGCGCUUCCGGGCUGGGGACGGGGAGACAUGCGGUGCAGAUGCUAGUUCGGGCUCUGUUGUUUAGAGUCGUGGCGAGGAGUGAGCUUGUGGGUGUUAUGGGGGAGGUGGGGGCGAGGGAGAUGAGGGGGUUUGAGAGGGUGAUGGGGGUUAUUGAGAAGUAUGUCUGAUGAGGGGGUUAUGGGAGCUGGGGGGGGGGUAUGGAUUUGUGUUGUGAGAACGCCUGAUUGAGAAGCCGAGGAAUUAUGGGAUUUCUACCAUGUCACGUCACUGCACACGCUAGAAAGGGAUAAUUGCAAACACAAGAUAUAGCUGUCAAUAAAUGGUCUAGAAAUUGCAUAUCCACAUCCAACCAGGACCAAAAACACAAAUCACAAAAAU